CUCUAAACACGUACACAAACAGUCAUAUUGAGUUUCAUGUACUUUUAUUUAAUCACUGUUGAAAAAAAUGUGAAAAUCCAAGUGGCCAGAGAGGAAAUAAAUGCAUGUGUAGUUCUGGUGAAAUACAGUACCCAUAAGCCUUUGCUAGACUCGCGGAAGUCCUUUUCUUCCCUUCCGCCGUCGCCGAAGUCCCUUUUGGAUUUACAUCGGCGGUCACCAUGGCAGCCCUCAGGCCCCUCACAAAGCCCAAAAUCGUCAAGAAGAGAACAAAGAAGUUCAUUCGCCACCAGUCUGACAGAUAUGUGAAGAUUGCGAAAAACUGGCGUAAGCCCAGGGGUAUUGACAACAGGGUCCGCAGGCGGUUCAAGGGUCAGAUGCUGAUGCCCAACAUCGGUUAUGGUAGCAACAAGAAGACCAAGUACAUGCUGCCAACUGGCUUCAAGAAGUUCCUGGUGCACAAUAUCAAGGAGCUCGAGGUCCUCAUGAUGAGCAACAGGACUCACUGUGCUGAGAUCGCCCACAAUGUCUCGUCCAAGAACAGGAAGGUGAUUGUGGAGAGGGCCGCUCAGUUGGCCAUCAAGAUUACCAACCCUAACGCCAGGCUCAGGAGCGAGGAGAACGAAUAAACUGGUUAUUCACAAUAAAUGUUUAAAAAUGAAA